AUGGAAAGACGGAAGCGAAAAACACCAUUGCAGAGUUAUUUCGAAAAAUUGCUUCAAAGUUCAGACAAAGCGGAACGUAGCUCAACAUUUUAUAAUAGCUUACAAAAUUUUUACAAAAGAAAAUGGAAUUGUCAGCUGAAAUCACCACAUAUUCAAGGUGUUGAAGUUGAUCUUUUUGAAUUGUAUGAUGCGGUCAUUUCGAUGGGAGGAUGGCAAAAGGUUUCACUUAAUGAAAAGUGGGGUGAGAUUGCUCGAACAGUUGGUAUAGACAAGAGUGUAGCAGUUUCUGGACAUGCAAUUAAAGUGCUUUAUAUGCGAUAUCUCUCGAAAUAUGAACAGAGUGAGCUAGUAGGUGACGUAGAUGACACAGAUACGGAUUUGCUAAGUUCAAGAAGUCGAACCAAAGGUUUCUCAUCAUUGGCUACAGCUGACUGUCCAGUCAGCUUAGCGCAAAGGAAGACAUCAGAGUAUUUUCGACUACGAUCUGAGAAAAAAGAAGCCGAAUAUGAUCGAAUUGUUAAAAGCCUUCUUUCUGGAUUACCUAAUGAGGUGGAUUUUGCUGUAAACGUUUGCACCUUGUUAUCUCAUCCUGGACCUCGAGUACUGCGACUUGUUUCUGCUCCUCAGAUCAUUACACUUUUAAUUGCUCAUGUUGCGAUAUUUCCUGACGGUGACGAAGCAUUUCAUGAGUUGUAUAAAUGUUGGGAACUUGCUUCUGGUCACAAUUUUAUCGCUUUUUGGAGUGGUGCAGGUAUUACUGAUGAUGAAGUCCUCAAACUCAUCCCACAUAUCAAACCGUCACAGGUGUCAGAGGACGAAAUUAACAUAUUUUGUGGUUUGGACACAGAAUUUCAGCCCCGAAACGUUGUAACUUGGAGGGUUCAGCAGGUGCUCUCAAUUAUGAGGAAUCUUUCUUUUGAAGUUAUAAAUAAAGCGGUGUUAGCAUCUAGUUGGCCGUUACUUAAAUUUCUUUUUAUUUGUUCGAACUGUAAGUGGAGCUUGUUGAGAACUGCAGCGUUGGACGCACUCAGCAAUAUUUCAUGUGAAAUUGAUCUUUUGGGAGAGGAGUCAUCUGCAGCCAACCAUUUAUUACUGAAAACAGUUUCAAGAUGCCUUUAUUCAGAUGACAAACUUCAAGUGAUGCGGGCUCUCGAAAUCAUAUCAGGAUUGUGCAAUAACGAGCGUAAUGAAUCUGUCAUUUGUGAAUUUCUCGAUUAUCGAAUAUUGUCAAAGAUAUUUACCAUCUCUGAAUUGGGAGCAGUAGCUUGCUACCAUUUAUCUCGUUUUCCUCAUGCAAUUGAUACAUUAGUAUCUCUAGCUACAGUUGAGGCGGUAUCUUUUGGUCCUUCGGGCUUAAUAGGCAUGAAAGUCGUAGAGUUCCAUGGCUCCUCGCAGUCCGUUAUUCCACAUCAAAACACACUUCCUCAAACUCAGGCACUUAAACCAGGUCCGUUUGUUACACCCACACAUUCCACAACUUGCUCGCCGCGAUCUAUGGUUUCACGUCAUAUUCCCUCUUCAACAUCAGUUAUUGGUGAUUCAAAA